UCUUCCACGAUAUCUUUCGUUUCCAGUUUCCACUCGUUCCACCGUUUUUUUCAUUGGUUUGUUCUUUGUUCCACCGUUCCAUUAUUUUAAGUGCGUUAAAUGGAAGGAGAGUACGUAAAGUUUUUUCACCCUCGAAUCGCUGCACGUAAAAUUUUUAAGCCCCUCGUCGCAUGAAAAUCAAGCAGGGGCGUCGUAACUGGCCUGGCAUUGAGGUCACACCCGUGACCAAAACCUAAGUGCCUUCAAAACGCUAGUGAAACAACUUAUCAACAAAAAAAACUACACACUGUGCAAAGAGGCAUGGUGCGCAAGAGUCCUCGGAAGGCAUCUGCGAAAAAAGAGUCAACGGCUGAGCAGAACGCCAAGGACAAGAGGUUGAUGCAGAAGAAGGCAGACGUGAUUAAGUCAAUGUUGAAGCGGCCCAAGCUGAAGCUGGAUCCUGAGGAGGCUCCCGCACCUUCGUCAUCCUCACGACGGAAGUCCAAGCUAGAGGUGAAGAAGGAGGUGGCAGGAGGCGAUGUGCCACCUUAUGUGCCCCCACACAUGCUGGGCCGCGACCUGACGGACCCUCUGGCUGACCAGACCGAAGGGUCAAACCGAUCCCUACAGAAACCCAGAUACGGAGUCAAGGUGCCCAACCGCAACCUGACCUCGCCCAUCUUGACACACACAGAGUUAAACAGGGAAUUGCUGGCGCGAUCUCAUCUGCGAAGGCCCAUUGUGGGCUCGGAUGUGACUCAGCUGUACGGUGCCGCUGGCAGUUACCUCUUCUCCCUGCGAAUGGUGUCGCGCCUCUCGAGUAGCAUGACUAACCGGACGUACCCCCUCAAGCUUAAUCCGCACACUCUCAAGCUGACCCUCAACACAAACCUACAGCUGCGGCCCAAGUUGGACGCUGAGACUGAGCGUGCCCUUGCCCUCAAGCAGCUGCAAGAGAUGAAAAGAACCUUCUGAAGAAGCUUGCAUUCCACCCUUUUCUCUUUCAUAUGUGUUUUCUUUCAUACCUGUCACACGCUUCCUGUCAAUACUAGUUUUGUAAGCCACUUUAAUAGUCUUCUACAGGUGUGUUUGCCUUUAUUGCACUGUAUGUAUGGAUGGGCAUUUUGGAAAUUUUAUCAAAUAUUUUUAUUUCAUGAUGUGCAAAUGUGUCAGACGGAGACGUCUGUAUCUUGCAAAUAAAUUAUAUAUAUGUUGUAGUUGAGUUUAAUUGUUUGAAAUUAAAUUCUGAUUAUGAAAUUAUAACUCCUGCUAUUCUCAU